CACAUAGUAGACGCUAUAAAUGUUAUCAUGAUUCUUUGUACUUAGGGGCAAAAUCAUCUGCUUUUCCUUUUAAAGCAAGAAGGCUGGAGAAGAAAGAAUAUUAUUAAAUUGUAAUCUAAAAGGCUGCACAUUGAAGGUGCCCUAGCUAUGUAUUUUUAUUCAAGUAGAGGAGAUAGUGUCACUGCAGUGUUCAGUGUCACCAAGGCCAUCCUACCUGGUGUGAGGUGAUACCAUUGUAGCUUUGGUUUGCAUUUCCUUGAUGAUUAGUGAUGUGGAGCAUCUUUUCAUAUGCCUGUUGCUCAUCUGUAUUUCUUUGGAGAAGUGUCUGUUUAGGUCCUCCAUUUUUUAAAUAGUUUUUCGGUGUUGAGGUAUAUGCUUCAUUUCGUUAAUUUUUCCAUGGAAUAAGACGUUUUUAAUAGCUUUCUUUUUAUUUAGUGAGAUAAAAGCUUGGAAGCCAGAAAGGCCUUGCUAAAGACAUUUAAAAUAUCCGAGUGGGACAUACUUUUGAAGGAUGUGCAAUGUUCAAUCAUAAGUGUGACAAAAACUGACAAGCAGGAAGCUUAUGUACUCAGUGAGAGUAGCAUGUUUGUCUCCAAGAGACGUUUCAUUUUGAAGACAUGUGGUACCACCCUCUUGCUGAAAGCGCUGGUUCCUCUGUUGAAACUUGCUAGGGAUUACAGUGGGUUUGACUCGAUUCAAAGCUUCUUUUAUUCGCGAAAGAAUUUCAUGAAGCCUUCUCACCAAGGGUACCCACACCGGAAUUUCCAGGAAGAAAUAGAGUUUCUUAAUGCAAUUUUCCCAAAUGGAGCAGCAUAUUGUAUGGGACGUAUGAAUUCUGACUGUUGGUACUUGUACACUCUGGAUUUCCCAGAGAGUCGGGCCACCAGUCAGCCGGACCAAACCCUGGAAGUCCUGAUGAGCGAGCUCGACCCAGCAGUCAUGGGCCAGUUCCGCGCGAGAGACGGUGUUACCGCGAAGGACGUCACUCGUGAGAGUGGGAUUCGUGACCUGAUACCAGGUUCUGUCAUUGACGCCACGCUGUUCAACCCUUGUGGGUAUUCGAUGAACGGAAUGAAAUCGGAUGGAACUUACUGGACUAUUCACAUCACUCCAGAACCAGAAUUCUCCUAUGUCAGCUUUGAAACAAACUUAAGUCAGACCUCCUACGAUGACCUGAUCAGGAAAGUUGUAGAAGUCUUCAAGCCGGGAAAAUUUGUGACCACCCUGUUUGUAAACCAGAGUUCUAAAUGUCGCACCGUGCUUUCUUCGUCCCAGAAGAUGGAAGGUUUUAAACGUGUUGAUUGUCAGAGUGCUAUGUUCAAUGAUUACAAUUUUGUUUUCACCAGUUUUGCUAAGAAGCAGCAGCAGAGUUGAUUAAGAAAAAUGAAGAAAAGACGCAAAAAGAAAACACACAUAAAAGGUGGUGCUGCCAUUUAGAUACUGAUACCAGGGGCCCUGCUUUCCAUAACCACCACCACCUUGUAGCUCCAGGAAGCUCUGGAUGGAACAGUAGUGUGAUCAUUUUGAGUCGUGCGCAUCACUGUCCAGGAGCUAGGCUAGGUAUCUUCCAUGCAUGCUCUCCUGUGUUUAGCUGCCCUCUGCCACUCUAGCUGUGAAAUUGAAGUGCAUGUAGAAAAAACCUCUUACUGUAUGAAACUUUACAACACUUGUGAAAACAGUUCCAUUUGGUUUGCACACAGUGUAAUAUUUCUCCAGGUAUCAUCCAAAAUUCCCCACAGACAAGGCUUUUGUCCUCAUCAGGUGUGGGCCUCAGCCUGACCAUCUGGGACUGUCCUUUGCUGCCAGAAUCUUACAUCCAGUCACCUCCACUUUCUUAUUCUCUACUCAUAGUAUUAAAAUCAAUUUCUACUUCAUACAGACGUUUCUGCAACAGCAAUUACACUUUCCUUCCACGAGUGAGUCCUCUAGAUAAUGACUACGGCCGUCACUUGGUGCAUUAGCGCUUCAACAGCGCUGUGUCCUUGCUUGUAUUGCUUGUUUUUGUUUCUCACCAUGGUGUUGCCCCCACCCCCACCCCAAUAAAGCAGUACCCUGUUACACUGUGGGUUUGCACUACUCUCAGAGCCCAGAGUGGGAAUGGGAGUGGACCUCAUGCUUCCAAGGUGAAGGGAGUCUGUCCCUCCACUGGCACAGGCUGUUUUUGGAAGAUCCUGACAGACGGAGUUGAUUGUCAGGGAAGACACACAGAUUGAUACUGAGGUGUGCUGGCAGAAUGCAUGGAAACCACAUGCCUCUGCUCCCCGUUAGAGAUCUGCUUCUCACAAGUACCAGGCCCUCACUAACUAGCUAAGCAGUAAUAGAAAAGAAUCUUUACCACUGUUUAUUAGGAGAUGUAAGAUUCAGUAAGUCAAGGCAGCUCAAAUGUUCACCUAGCAUUGACUUUGGCGACCGUGUCCACCAGUGACGCCCCACAGCUUCGGCUUGGAGGGGACGCGGCACCUGCCACCUGGGGCCUGAAGCGCUUUGACUGUGAUGCCCGUGCCCGUACUCUGACUUCCCGUUUCCUGCUCGUGUUCUUGACUGUGGUCUUGUAGGAUCAAGGGGCACUGCUCGGAAAGACAACUAUUCAGGCUGUCAGACAUACACAGUAAGCAGAUGCCAUCCGUAAAACUACAAAAUACAGGCUUUCAAGAGUUGGCAUCUUUAGUUGCAUUUGCAAAUACUGUGAGAUGUAAAACAGCAAGGUGACUAAGUUUUAUAUUUCUUGUCCUUGCAAAAUUUUUUAAAUUCUGGAUUGAUACAGCAAUGUUUUUGGUUCCUUCCGUAUUUACAAAUGAAAUACUUUUUUUAGUGUUUCUAAACAUAAAAUCUACUUGGUUUGAAAUCAAGUGGUUGGAACGCUUCAGCCUUUUAUUUUAAGCACGUUGAUUCAAAGUUUCAUUGAAGAAGCUUUCACUCAGUGGGUCAGUUUGGUUCUGUAUCGGCGCUCGGCGCCUCAUGGCUGGUGCUGUCAGGACCAACCGGCGCUCAGAAGUGGUUUUGACCUUGAACAGCGUCCUGGUGGAUUGAAUAACCCUUGUUGGCUUGAGGUCUAGUUUUUUUUUCUAGUAGAUUUAAGAUACCUAUCUAAUGUUGGAAAACAAAAAUUUGAAUGGAACAAAGCCUAGAAAAAUGAAAACCAUAGAUUGGAUAGUAAUCUAAAUAGAUCCUAGUAUGUAUGACGGAGGAGGGAGAAUUUUGGUGCCAUUGAUUUCUCUUCAUGGUGUUGGACUUUAAAUCACUUGAAAUGUAUUUCUGUACCACAGUUUAAGCUUCAAUAAAAGUUUGCUUAAUUCAG